UCUCUCAAAUCUCUAAAAGCGCAUAAAGUUUCUCGAUUCUUCUACAUCUUAGUUUAUGAGCUCAAAGGAGAAGCCCACUCUCGGUGGUACGCGGAUUAAGACCCGCAAACGGAAUAUUGCAGCGCCGCUGGACCCUGCAGCCUUUGCUGAUGCAGUGGUCCAGAUUUAUCUGGAUAAUGCUGGUGAUCUGGAACUUGUUGCUAAGAACCUUGAGUCUUCAGAUCUCAACUUCUCAAGAUAUGGUGAUACCUUUUUCGAGGUUGUCUUCAUUGGAGGCCGUACACAACCUGGAACAGUUAAACUUGAUGAAGGGGAGCGCCACCCUUACUCUGUGAUUGAGUGUGAACCUAAACGCGAAGCCAUUUUGCCAUCUGUCAUCUAUGUACAGAAGAUAUUGAGAAGAAGGCCGUUUCUUAUAAAGAACCUUGAAAAUGUCAUGCGGAAAAUGUUGCAGUCAUUGGAGCUCUUUGAGGAAAAUGAAAGGAUUAAGCUCUCAAUUUUUACAGCCCUUGCUUUUUCCCAGAAGCUAUCAGGCCUCCCCCCAGAGACUGUUCUCCAGCCAUUGCUCAAAGACAACCUUGUCGCCAAAGGGCUAGUUCUCUCUUUCAUCACAGACUUUUUCAAGGAAUAUCUGAUUGACAAUAGUAUUGAUGAUUUGAUCUCGAUCCUUAAGCGGGGUAAGAUGGAGGAUGAUCUUCUUGAGUUCUUCCCCUCUACUAAGAGGACACCUGAAGCUGUCUCUGAGCAUUUCACCAAAGCUGGCCUUUUACCUUUGGUGGAAUAUAAUGAUAAGAAGAUAUUUGAGGUGAGGCUCAAGGAAAUGAAAUCUACAUUAACAACUCAGCUAGCAGAAGAAGUUGCUAUCUCUGAAGUCAUAGAAACUGUGAAGCAACAUGUCAAAGAUGCCAAAUUACCAGAUAUAGAAGUUGUGCGAAUUUUGUGGGAUGUCUUGAUGGAUGCUAUUCAAUGGUCAGGAAAGAACCAACAGCAAAAUGCUAAUUCCGCUCUUCGCCAGGUGAAAAAAUGGGCGGAACUGUUGAAUACUUUCUGCACCACUGGAAAGCUUGAAUUGGAACUCAUGUACAAGGUCCAAGUCCAGUGCUACGAGGAUGCUAAACUGAUGAAGCUGUUCCCUGAAAUCGUAAGGUCUCUUUAUGACCAAGAUGUGCUGGCAGAAGAUACCAUUCUUCACUGGUUCCGCAAAGGAACAAACCUUAAGGGCAGGCAAAACUUUGUGAAGUCGCUGGAGCCCUUUGUGAAAUGGCUGGAGGAGGCGGAGGAAGAGGAAUGAAUUUCUCGUGAAGUAUCAUCUCCAUUUAGCUGGCCGUUUAUGAAAUUUAUUUUUCCUGGAGAGUAGUAGUUAUAUUCCCCUUUUUAAGGGUUGAAAAGAAUAAGAAAGACCUCUGAAUAUUCUCACCACAUUUGACAGUUUGUUAUGCUUCUUGAUGUUUUAAACAUAAUCUGUAUGGGUUUGCUUCCUUUGGAUCUUUAUUUUC